AUGGGUUCACCGCUAGAAGGAUGCGUAGCCUCCCUGCGCAACAGUAUGCAAUUGCUUGACUCUUCCAUCACCAUCUUGGACGAGGGUGUAAGCGACCUGCCUCGACUGGGAAAAGUACUCCAGACGACACGGCACUUCGAGCUCAUCUCUGAAUCCGACUUGCAAACCGCCCAAUCCGCGCUCCUUUCCGAGAUCCGACCUGAAGUUGACAACCUCCUCAAACGCGUAGAGAACUACUUGGACAAGCUCGAGCGACGCGAACAGUCCUUGAUGGCCAAGUGCGACCUCAACGAUGGCCGGCUGGGACGUGACAGUAUGGGUGCUUCAUCAUCCCGGCCAAGCAGCAGGAAUGCACAGAGACCUGCUGGUGCAAAGAGCAUGAGCGCUCAGCAACAACUAAGAAUGAAGGCACUGCGGGCGAAAAAGGACAGACUAAGCUAUGCCGUGGAGACUCUGGAGAUGCAAGCGAAACAAAGGGAAAGGCAACUGCGAAUGUCCAUGGCAGCGCCCCAGCAGCUUUACGACGAUUAA